AAUUGUUGUUGAAAAAUGAGGUUAACGGAAACAAGAUAUCUGUGAUUCCUAUAGUGGGCAUGGGUGGCCUUGGCAAGACCACCCUUGCUCAGCUUGUGUAUGACGAUUGCAGAGUGAAGGAACAUUUCGAUAUUAGAUCAUGGAUUACUAUAUCGGAUGAGGUUGAUGUUUUCAAAUUAACAAAAGUGAUGUUUGAAAGGAUUACUUCGCAAAAAUGUAUUGCCGAGGACAUAUAUGAAGUUCAAGUUGAAUUGAAGCAAACUUUGACGAGGAAGAAGUUUUUAUUCAUUUUUGACGAUGUUUGGAAUGAGAAUUAUGAUUUUUGGGAUGUCUUGAAGAGCCCUUUUGAAUCAGCAGCUCAUGGAAGUAAAAUUAUUUUGACAACACGUAGUGAGAUUGUUGCAUCAAGGAUGGGUAAUGCUCAAAGCUACAAGCUACAAGUAGUAUCUGAUGAUGCGGGUUGGCUAUUAUUUGCGAAACACGUCUUUAAUGACGGAGACUUAAGUGCAUAUCCAGAUCUACAAGGAAUUGGUCAAGAAAUUGUUAAAAAGUGUAAGGGUCUUCCUUUAGCCAUAAAAUCACUUGCCGGUCUCUUGCGCUCUAUAUUUGAUCCAAAGGAAUGGAGAAGUAUACUAAAGAGCAACAUUUGGCUAGAAAGUCCGCAUAACAACAUCCUUCCAGCGUUGUGGUUGAGUUACCAUUAUCUACCUCCAAAUAUAAAACGAUGUUUCGCUUAUUGCUCGAUAUUCCCCAAGGAUUAUAUAUAUGAAAAAGAAGAAAUGAUUCUAUUGUGGAUGGCAGAAGGUCUUUUGAAACCAGUAAAAGGAAAAAGAAUUGAGGAUGUUGGAGAAGAGUGCUUUCGAGAUCUAAUAUCGAGGUCAUUGUUUCAACGAUUAACUCAGGAUGAAUCGACUGUCAUCAUGCAUGAACUUGUGCAUGAUUUAGCUAUUUUUAUAUCAGGAGAAUUUUGUUUUAGGUUGGAAGCUGGCAGCUCGAUUGAGAUUCCAAAAAAGGUUCGGCAUUUGUCCUUAAACAGAAUGCAGGACGAUAUUGUAUCAAAAUUUGAUGUUUUUUCUGGAGCUGACUCCUUGCGCACCGUUCUACCAUUGAAUUUUUCAUCAUCUGAACAUGUCUUAAGUGACAGGUUACUAUAUGACGUAUUACCAAGGCUGAGAUGCCUACGGGUGCUAUCUUUGUCUCAUUAUAGUAAUUUGAUAAAGCUGCCUGAUUCAAUUGCCAGUCUAAGACAUCUAAGAUAUCUGGACCUCUCUCACACUCCAAUCAACACGUUACCAGCUUCUGUCAGUACUUUGUACAACUUGCAAACACUGAAAUUGUCAAAUUGUGUUUCUCUCACUCAAUUGCCUCAUGAUAUUGGAAAACUAGUCAACUUGCGUCAUCUUUAUAUUGAUGGAACAGACUUAAAGGAAAUGCCACAGCAGAUGAGUGGACUAAAAAAUCUGCAGACAUUUACUGUGUUUGUUGUGGGGAAAGGCAGAGGACCUAGCAUUAAGGAGUUGAAGCAUUUCCAAAAUCUUCAAGGACCACUUUCUAUUUUGGGCCUUCAGAAUGUCGAUCGUGCAGCGGAUGUUUCAGAGGCCAAUUUUAAGGAUAAGAAGCACCUUGAGGAGUUAGUGCUGAAAUGGGAUGCCGAUGCUACUGUUGACUAUCGAAAAGCAUUCGAAGUAAUUGAAAAGGUUCUGCCUCAUAUAAACCUGAAAAAACUAUUCAUUGAAAACUAUGGUGGUAAAGCAUUUCCAAAUUGGCUGGGAGAUCCUUCUUUCUGUAAUAUAGUAUCCUUAAGCCUGACUAAUUGUAAGAAGUGCACCUCUUGGCCUCCUCUUGGAAAGCUACCAUCUCUCAAGGAACUUUCUAUCAUAGGAUUCGAUCUAUUUGAAAAGUUGGAUUAUGAAUUUUAUGGCAUAGACCUGUUAGUUCGCCCAUUUGGCUCCUUGGAAAUUCUGAAGUUUGAGGAUUUGAAAAGGUGGAAGGAAUGGAACUUUCCAGGAGGCAUAAAUGAUAUUGAAUCGUUUCCUAGACUUAGAGAGCUUUACAUAGAAAAUUGUCCUGAGUUGACUGGUCAUUUGCCUCACCAUUUUCCUUUAUUAGAAGAACUUGUAAUUGUUGAAUGUCCAAAACUUAAGGCCUCAGUUCCGAAUUCUACAGCUCUUUGUCGACUAGACUUGAUCAACUGUGAUAAGAUAACUUUGGGGAAUAUUUCACCACAACUACUGUGCCUCACAAUUACAAAACGUGAUGCCAUAGAACUCCUUUUCGAAGAGAUGGAAUCAAGAACUACGUGCCUUCAAGAAUUGAAUAUCUCUGAUUGCCCCGCCCUUAGGUGGUUGCUCAAGGGGGGUCUACCCUCAACAUUGAAAGCACUAGAAGUCGCUCGAUGCAAGAAAUUAGAACUUCCAAUGGAACGUCGUUAUGAGUUUCUUGAAAGCUUGUCUAUAAGUAGUAGUUCUGAUUCUCUCAAGCACUUUCAGCUGCAUUUGUUCCCAAAGCUAAAUCGUCUCCAUCUCGAGCAAUGUAAGAAUCUCGAAUCACUCUCACUUCCAUGUCAGCAUCGUGAAGAUCUCACCUCUCUCAAUUUCUUGCAAAUCUCAGAGUGUCCUAAUUUUCACUCUUUCCCAAAGGGAGGGCUGCCUGCGCCCAACCUGACCUGGUUUUGGAUCCAGAAAUGUAAGAAACUGAAGUCUCUUCCCAUGGAUAUGCACUCUCUUCUCUCGUCUCUCAAGGUAUUUCAUAUAAGUGAUUGUCCUCUACUCAUUCCACCGGAGCGAGGCUUGCCUUCAUUUUUGCGUUCGCUUUCAAUUAGUUCUUGCGAUGAAUUCGUAGAUCGUCAAAUGAAAUGGAAUCUUCAAAGCCUUUCAAUGCUUAGAGAUUUUAGCAUUAGUAACUGUAAAAUCUUCACACUAUUUCCGCCAGAGGGAUUGCUGCCUCCUACUCUUACGUCUCUCUACAUCUCUGGAAUUUCAAAUCUGAAAUCACUGAACUAUAAGGAGCUUCAACAUCUCACGUCUCUUAAAGAAUUACGAAUUGAGAAUUGCCCUGAGCUUCAGCCCAAUUUUAAGGAGGGGCUUCCUUCCUCCCUUCGUGUUACACAUAUCUUAGAUCAUUUUCUGAUGAAUCGGUGCCAAGAGAAUUGUAAAAGAAAUAGGACUGAAUUUGCUGAAAAUGACUGCAUAGAGGUUGAACAGAGGAGUGAGUUCAUUGGCCAAGGAAAAUCCUUUUAUUAUCAAAUGGAGCGAACAAACAAGCAGAGCUGAGGAUUAAACAACCAAAACAGACAGCUGAAAGCACCGUUACAGAAACUUGUUCAGCACUAAUGUAUCGCUGCAACAACUAGAAGAAAUCAGUGAGUGGAAGGUCGUUCAGCUUGAAGUUUGUUUAAUUCAUUGACGUUUAUGUCAACUCUUGCAUUUUUAUCCAUCAUCCAAUUUCAGGAAAAACGCUUUCUAGUCUGCUCCUUUUUGCAGUGAUGUCCUUUAAAUCUUGAAGUUUCUUUUUGUUGACGCUCAUGUUUAAUCUUCUUGCAUUCUUCUCAGUCAUCCAAUCUCUGGAGAAGGCUUGCUGGUAUGUUAUCGUGACUUGAUACAACGAUAGAAAAUAAUUGGUCGCAUUGAUAGUACGGAUGGCAGAGACUGUUUCAUUGAAGCUCCAGAAGCGGCUCUCUGCAAGCGUUCGCAAGUGUGGGUGGGGUGAGGUUUGGCUCAACCCCAAUGAAAUCAACAAGAUCUCCAUGGCAAACUCUUGGCAAAGCAUAAGAAAGUUGGUCAAGAAUAGUUUCACAGGAAGCCAACUAAGAUUCACUCUCGUUCCUGUGCCCAUCCCAUGAAGGAGGCAAGGCUGCCCACCAAAAUCCUAAGGAUGAGGAGGAUGCGUGUUCUUAGGCACUUGCUUCGCUAGUGCAGGGAGUUGAAGAAGAUCGACAGGCACAGGUAAUGUUUGCAAGAACAAAUGUGCGCUGAUGGCGAGCAUUCUCAAGUCAAAGGCUGAGAAGGCAUGAGAGAAGACUUUGUGCGAUCAGUUUGAGGCUAAGAGGGCAAAGAACAAGGCUAGCAGGGAGAGAAAAAUUUCUAGGAGAGAGGAACAUCUGGCCCAGGCGCCUGGAGAAAAACUACUGGCAGCAACACCUGCUGCUCUUUCCGCUGCAGCAUCUCAACCUACGCUGGGAAUGAAGAAAUCCAAGAAGUGAAACCUAUGACAAGUGUAUUGGAGGAUCUUUAAGAAAACGUGGUCGUUUGGAGCUUUGAGCAACUUCUCGUUUUUGGAGUAUGAAGAAAUCCUAGUCAGCAUUGCUCUGCAUUGCUCCACCAAGACAAGCUGGGCUAGACGUGUGUUUUGCUGACAGCUGGACCUGAGUUGGUUAAUGGGCUGAUUUUGUCCGUGAAGGGUGUUGAUUGAGCCAUUCAUUGGAGGCUUUCUCAUGUGCUGCCACGUGGAAUUAGGGUACAAUAAGUACCUGCAGCUGAGAAGAAAGAAGGUGUCCUUGGUCAUAUUUGUAACGUAGAGGCGGGUGGACUUGGGAAAGGAAACCACCUCCAUUUCUCUGAUCAAGUACCAGCUCCAGUACUGGAAAGAAGAAGAAGAAAACGUCACAGGGUGUUGAACGUGAAGGAAGGACCAUUGUUGAUGCAGGAAGUGCUAGAAGAAACCUUGGAAAAAGGGGAUUCGGAUUCUCUCCUCGUUACCUUAGUUUUUCUUACUCUCAAUACUCUGUUUUACCUUGUUGGAGAACAUUUACGUUUCUCAAUAAAUCUGAAC